AGCUAUCCCGGUUUUUCAUAAAGUUUCGUCAACGCAAUUUUCACUUUCUUUGUUAUACCUGAGGAAUUUAAAAGCAUAAAGAAUUUUAACAUGGAAUUUGCAACAAUACACCGCAAAGAAAAUUUCGCUUGGACCCACAAAGCCGAAAGACGAUAUUUCUUUAAACAGUGGAUUCUUGAAUCGAGAAGGAUCAUUCUAUUCGCAUGGAUACUUUUUCUCAGUCUGUGUCUUACUUCUGAAUUCUUACUCUUCUGUUUUCUUGUACAAAUUUUGUCGUAUUUCGUUGUGGGUAAGCGUUUACCGGAAGUUGUAUUUCUCGCCGGAAGUGAGUAUUUGUACAUUAGCGUAGUUGGACUGGGCUGGAGUUGUCUGUUCAAGAUGGCGAAAUGAUUGUCUAUUGGCCAAGUUGUAUUUUUACACCUUUUUUGAACAUAAUUUUUCUAUCCUUGUAAAAACUGAGGUACUUGUAAAAUGUCCUCAGAAGCACAACGAGAGAGUGAUGAAAAUAUUAUCAAGUUGCUAGCUGUCGGGGAUGCGAGCUUUGCAACAUCAGACGAUACACCAAUCCUCACUGGGUUUUCUCUGAAUGACCCGGCGAAAAUCACUCGGACAGAAUCUACUGGUUCAGAAAGCUCCAAAACAGAGAAAUUACGGAAUUCUCUGAAGUUUAAGAACCCCGGAAGAUUGCUUGAAGAGUUUAACCCGGAUACAAGUCGACGCGAAAUGCGAAAAUUAAAUAGCCUGAUCAAAAAGGACCCUGCUAACCGAUCGAAAAGGAGACAAAGGCAACGAAGACGGCCUCAGAAGCAGACUUUUCACGACCGAUCAGGUGUUCGAAUGUCUGAUGGAAGAGAUGUUUGUGAUUGUCAAGACACUGAUUGUCCCGGUUGCCAUUUUCCAUGUCCUUCUUGUGGAUCAGAAAAGUGUGGUGUAGAAUGUCGAUGUGAUCGACAAUGGACUUACUUGAAAGAUGUGGAGAUUGAGAAUCCGCUGCCAAGUGUUUCUCGGAGAUUGGGAAAUCGAUAAAAUCCUAGCCUUUUUUUAGAAGAGAGUAGCUACUGAGCACUUUGCAUUGGGUCCCAAGAGGCUUCUAAAUUCCUCUUUGUUAACAGAAAAGUGAUAAAUUAUACGUACAUUUUUAGUAAUAAUUCAAUAAGGCAUAUACACAAAUGCCAAAACCCUAGUGUAGAGCGCUGUUAGAACCUGCCUGUGCCCCUGUUUAUGAUUUAAACACAUCUUAAAGCUGUUAUGGUUUUCUCAAUGCGAUAUAGGUUUUCUGGAAUUAAAAAUUCAUAGGAGUGUUUAAACAUUGGUGUACUUUGUAAAUGAAACCUGAACACUUCUUAGAGACAAAGUGAUCAUAGUUUUUUUCUUUGAGUGUUUAAGAUUUCUAGUGAAGAAAAAAUCUUUUUUGUGUGCCCUUCAAAGAAAGGGUGGUGAUACUCGUUCCCAGUGUUUUUGUAUGUUUGUUUGUUUGUUUUUAAGAUUCUUUCCAGGAAAAUAAUGAUAUAACUAGAUUAUUAUUGCUGCCCAUUUCACAAACAAAACUAAUUUUCUUCAUGUGACAUCCAGUUUGUUUAUCAAUAUACUAAUGGUCAAUUGUGUUCUUAUGGGAUUAAUAUACCUCAAGGAAAUUAAUGUAAAAGAAUCCUAAUCUUGUGGUUCCUUUUUGUGGUGGAUAAAAUGUAACAGUAUUUUGGGUGAUUAUGUUUCCAAUGUAUUUAAUAUAUAUAGCUAAGUUUAAGAUCCAAGUAGAGACGUUAAACAAAACUUUAGAAUUCUGUAAAGUAAUUUAUCAUAUUUAUUAAAAUAAAAUAUACUUUUUCUAGCCAUAAAACCCAUGAUGGAAUUCAGCAAGCAUUAAUGCAUUGGCGCUGAAAAACUGUUUCUUAUCCCAUCAACUCCAAAGAUCAAAUUAGUAAUUCUCCCAAUUGAUUGCCUUAUCAUUCCUUGUAAAUUAGAGAGGAGAAUUCAGUGUUUUUUUUUUUUUUUAAGAUAACAUCCUCAAGCUGAUAGGCUUGUCUGUUGUCAUAGCCUGUUUGCAAGAUGACGCAUUGGAAUCUCCAGGAGAGGUGAAAAACCAAUCAUC